AGGCAGUCAUGACAUGCCAAAAAAAGGUCACACUUCUCAGUCCUCCGGUAAUGUUUGCCUUUUUCAUGUGUUCCCUCCGCUGCCGUUACGAUGACAGCUCCAUCCAGCAAGAAUUAUUCCGCUUAGCUGGUGCGGAUCUGAUUAUGUAAGAGUGGAGCGUUGUGAGGCUGCUGCGACCUUGUGCACCGUCAGCACAGGGCUGCUUCUGUUGUGGCUGUCCGUCUGCAGGAUUUAGGAAUUCUACUUUUUAUAAUCUGUGCCAUAUUUGAUGCUCUGUUAAUCUGCUUAAUCUGGGCUCUGGAGCCGGGUGCAGGGUAAGAGGAAGAGGGACUCCUAUGUCAGAGUUUUAGGAUGGCCAGUGAAGGCUCCACUAUUCCCAGCCCCGUGGUCCGCCAGAUUGACAAGCAGUUCUUGAUCUGCAGCAUAUGUCUGGACCGCUACGAGAACCCCAAAGUACUGCCCUGCCUACACACCUUCUGUGAGAGGUGCCUGCAGAAUUACAUCCCGGCCCACAGCCUCACACUGUCGUGCCCCGUGUGCCGCCAGACCUCGAUCCUGCCGGAGAAGGGUGUGGCGGCAUUGCAGAAUAACUUCUUCAUCACCAACCUGAUGGACGUGCUGCAGCGGGCGCCGGACAGCUGCAGCCAGGAGGCCGCCGCUCUCAACAACAUCACCACCGUGGCCACGGGCCAACUGCUCUCCUGCCCCAACCAUGGAGGCAACGUCAUGGAGUUUUACUGUCCGCCUUGUGAGACGGCCAUGUGUCAGGAGUGUACGAGUGGCGAACACGGAGAACACCCAACUGUGCCUCUUAAAGACGUAGUGGAGCAACACAAGGCCUCGUUACAGGACCAACUAGAUGCUGUCAAGAAGAGGCUGCCAGAGAUCGACUCAGCCCUGCAGACGCUGUCGGAGAUCCUGCAGCAGCUGACCAAUCAGAAGAGCUCCAUUGAGGACGACAUCCAUACCACCUUUGAUGAGUUGCAGAAGACUCUGAAUGUCCGAAAGAGCGUUUUACUGAUGGAGCUGGAGGUCAACUACGGCCUCAAGCAGAAGGUGCUGCAGGCCCAGCUGGACACGCUGCUGCAGGGCCAGGACGGCAUCAACAGCAGCUGCAACUUCACGGAGCAGGCGCUGAGCCACGGCACCGAGGCCGAGGUGCUGCUGGUGAAGAAGCAGAUGAGCGAGCGCCUCAUGGAGCUCGCCAGUCAGGAGCUUCCUCUGCAGCCCGGAGAGAACGACCAGCUGGACUUCAUCGUGGAGACGGAGGGGCUGAAGAAGUCCAUCCACAACCUGGGGACCAUCGUCACCACUAACUCUGUGGCCUCGGAGACCGUGGCCACAGGCGAAGGGCUGCGGCACUGCGUGGUGGGCGUCCCCACCGCCAUCACCAUCACCACUAAAGACAAAGACGGCGAGCUGUGUAAAAUGGGCAACGCGGUCAUCACCGCGGACAUGUCGUCAGCUGACGGCAGCAGAGGGGAGGGGGAGAUACUGGACAACAAGAACGGCACUUAUGAGUUUCUGUUCACGGCUCCCAAAGAGGGGACUUUUAAUUUGUCGCUGCGUUUAUAUGACCAACAUAUCAAAGGAAGCCCCUUCAAAAUAAAGGCCACAAAGUCCAUAGACGUGUCGCCGACUUCAGACGGCAUCAAGAAGAGGCUGAAGUCUCCGGGCAGCGGGCACAUCAAGCAGAAGGCCAUCAAGAGGCCGGCCAGUAUGUACAGCACCGGGAGGAGGAAAGAAAACCCCAUCGAGGACGACCUCAUCUUCAGGAUCGGCACAAAGGGAAGAAACAAAGGAGAGUUCACUAAUCUGCAGGGAGUGGCUGCCUCGGCUCUGGGGAAGGUGCUGAUAGCAGACAGCAACAACCAGUGUGUGCAGAUUUUCUCCAAUGACGGCCUGUUCAAAAGUCGUUUUGGCGUCCGCGGCAGGACUCCGGGUCAACUGCAGCGGCCGACGGGAGUGGCCAUCCACCCAAACGGUGACAUCAUCAUUGCAGACUAUGACAACAAAUGGGUCAGCAUCUUUUCAAAUGAAGGCAAGUUUAAGAACAAGAUCGGCUCGGGGAAGCUGAUGGGCCCUAAAGGCGUGUCGGUGGACAGAAACGGACACAUCAUCGUGGUCGACAACAAGGCGUGCUGCGUCUUCAUCUUCCAGCUCAACGGCAAGCUGGUCACCAAGUUCGGUAACCGUGGCAACGGCGACAGGCAGUUUGCAGGUACACUCAAUGGGCCUCACUUUGCUGCUGUCAACAACAACAAUGAAAUCAUCGUGACAGAUUUCCACAACCACUCAGUCAAGGUGUUCAACACAGAAGGAGAAUUCUUGCUGAAGUUUGGUUCUAACGGCGAGGGGAACGGCCAGUUCAACGCCCCCACAGGAGUAGCAGUGGACGUCAAUGGAAACAUCAUCGUGGCCGACUGGGGCAACAGCAGGAUACAGGUGUUUGACGGCAGCGGCUCCUUCCUGUCCUACAUCAACACGUCGGCCGACCCGCUCUACGGCCCCCAGGGACUGGCUCUCACCUCCGACGGACAUGUUGUGGUUGCAGAUUCUGGCAACCAUUGCUUCAAAGUCUACCGCUACCUGCAGUAGCCCCACGAUCUCUCUCUCAGCGCACAAGACUCUACAUUGUACAUAAACGCACACACACACACACACAUACACAUGCACUUAUUAGAACUGGCCGAUUUGCACUCACCCCCCUACCAGUUCAUCUCUGAAUCACGCUGUCGUCGUCAUCGUGCCAUCUGUGCAAC